AUGGCGUCCCAGCAUCCCUUUUACUUGAACCCUCGUCAACCGUUGCAAGGUCAUACCCACACCGAAACCUGGGAACCACCUUAUACUUUCCACCUCCAAGGAGCGACGUGUCAGCCCUUGGAGAGCAUCCUACCACUACAACAAUAUCAAGCUCAGCAAGCACAUCAUCAGCACCGGGCCCUCGUGGCCCAAAGCCCGAUUACACAUUCCACACAAUCAACAUCUCCUCUAUCCUUUGAUUCGUCACCCGACCAAUAUUCCAACAUGGAAGGCUUGGGGUUGGACUACGACAUCUUGAACAAUCUCAGCUACCUGGAUGACUUUGGGUACGACGGCAACCUGAGUAGCUUUGAGUACGACAGCUACGGCGACUCCGUCUUGUUCCCAUCCGACGAAAGUUUCAUCCAACCACCUUUCACCGAUGCCGAUCUAUUCCCAGCCCUGGAAGCACCGUCGCCGGCUGAGAGUCUUUCCCCUCUACCAGCACACAAACACCGCUGCCAGUUCGGCGACUGCACGGAAUCAUUCGCACGCCCAUGCGAACUCAGGCGGCAUGAAUACAAGCACACCAAACCGUUCCAAUGCCCGCAAUGCAGCCGCCCUUUCGCCGAGAAGCGACGCUGCAUCCAGCACGUCCAGGCAGUGCAUGGGCUGGCGACGGACAAGGACAAGGCGAAGUGCCAUCUGUGCCAGUACAGCCACGUGCGGCCGGACGCGGUGAAGAGGCACCUGAAGCUGAGGCACGGCGUCGGGGAGAAGUCGGAGGGAUCACCUUCCACCGUCGGAUCGGGGGAGCAGUCCGAUGGAGAGUCACGACCGGGGAAGAGGAGGAGGGCGAGGUGA